AUGCCAAAUAUGAUCUCCGCACAAUCUCUUGGUCCAUUGGAUACACAUAAUGUAUGCACUGCACCAUCACCAGAAUCGACUCCCAUAGGUUCUAUUAGAUCUACAGUUGAUAAUUCAGCAUCAUCUACUGCCUUUUCAAAGCCUCGCCGGCUCGUGUUUCAUCCAUUGACAUUUAAUAACGAGAUGAAAAACCCAAAUUCUAAGUCUGCAACGCCAAGAAGGAUUUCUAUCUCUGGACCUUUGAGAGUUCAAACAACUAAUGAGUAUUUACUUUCAUCCAAAACACCGACUUUCACGCGUUCGGCUUCAAGUCUUUCAUAUGGCUCUUCUCGAAAAGUUGUCUCUUCGCCAUGUACAGGUUUGGUUUUAAACAAUGCCACAUUGAUUGCCUCCGCACCAUCAGCCUGUACGAUUUUCAACAGAUUGGACAACGAGCUUAGAAAAUCAUACUCAGAGGUUGAUUUCUGUGACGGUUGUAAGGUUACUGUUCCUACCAUAGUCAGCAGAUGUAUCCAGUUUUUGGAAUUCCGGGAUCCAGUUGAAGGUGUUUUCAGGAUAAAUGGUUCUAUCAGAAAAAUAAAGUCCAUUGAAACUGCAAUUCAGAGGCAGGGUAUCGACUCCUUCAGAUUCGAAGACUUCACUUUUGAAAAUAAUGAAACGCCAAAUUGUUAUGACGUUGCAAUGGUUCUCAAGCGUUGGCUGGCCAACCUGGAAAAUGGUCUUAUUACAUCUCAAAUCAACGCAAAGUUGAAAAGGGACAGAAUGUCGUCCAAAGACGAUAUGUUUGAUGAGGCUGACGAGCCUCGGGAGGAGGAGCAGAAUACAAGUCGGGCGACACGCGAGGAGGAAGAUACAACGCUGGUUGAUCUUAGUACAAACACAGUGCUGAUUCGGGACCAGAAUUCUUACCGCCCUCAUAAUACACUCCUUUCAAAUACCAUUUCAGAUAGCCCUAACUCAUCUAUGGUGAGUAGUGUUACAACUGAUUCCGAUAGCAACAGCCCGAAGUUCUACGAUUUUACGGCAAGAAGAUUAUCCGAACUUCCAAUUGAGAACUUGCACUUAUUCUUAUACCUAUUAAAGUUUUUGAAUCGUAUGACGGCAGAUUCUAUUGUUCAUAUCACUAAAAUGACAGCUACGAACCUUGCCAAGAUUUUUCAGCUCAGUUUUUUCAAAAGUGACGAUUUGCUAUCUAAAUCUGUUUUUACGAAUACAGAUUGCAUUACUCAAAGUUCCGAGGACUUAUUGCAGAGCUAUAAAACAAACGAGGAAAUCCUUCAUAAUCUCAUUAGCGCAUACCCAAAUCUCUGCAAAGAUUUAAUACCAACAUUGAGAAAAAGAGAGCAUGAAAUGGAAGACUUGCUAACUCAUCCAGCUGACCCUUUAAGUAAAGUGCCUAUAGCUAGGCCUAGUAUGGGUCACAGUAAAUCAUUAAUGCUGGACAAGGCAUCGAAAAGAAAGUCCAUGUUUGGUUAUAGGUCCUUCUCCAAUAUGUUCAAUGCCAGCUCCUUUUCUCUGUCUUCAUCUAGUCGAAAGUCAUCUUGGGGGAGCGACAAAACUCAGGAAGACACAAAAGAAUCAGAAAUAACUCCAGCAGUUAAGCUGAAUUUCAGUAUUGCACAAAAGCAACAAAAAGACACUAUUGUGAUACCGAAGAGGUCCGAGAGAAGAAAGAGUGAGACUAGUAUUAGGAACAUUUCUGCUCCUGUCAGUAAUCCUCUGCUGGAAGAAGAUUCUUCAACUGUUGACGAUCAGUCAAACAUCAGAAGCACUUCAUUUUCAAGAAAGGCAAGUGUCCGAGCAAGACGUGGCCACAGAAAAAGACCUCAAUCAAUGUUCAUUGAGAGGAGACUUUCUUCAUUGUUUAAUCCGGCUGGUUCCAAUGAGGACCAUCAGGAUCAAAAUGAUUAUCCUCAUCACCAUCAUCGUCAUCAUCAUCAUCGUCUGAGCGUUCAAAGGUAUGAUAAUGAAGAUCAGCCAAAAGCAUCUUCUUUUCAUCCUCACCGACGUGUUAGUUCAUUGGCAUCUGAUAAAGAGAAUCGGUUAAUGAAUGAAGAUGCUACUGAUGGAUCUCUACGAAAAACCAAAAGCAAGUUUUUUGGGUGGUUCCAAAGACAAGGUCUGAGCCUCUCGUGA